AUGAUGGAAAAUACAACCUCACAAGAAGAAAAAAACAAUUUCUCCAGCCUCGAGACUUCUUCAACACCGAUCAUCAUGAUGGGUCAAAGCGCGUCCAGAGACGAGACGGAAAGGGAGCCCCUACCUGAAAGCAUUGAUAUUCAUCAAAUCAGAGAUGGAGACUUUCAUGAAAAUCGUGUAUGUCAACAAGAAGAUGAACGACACACAUCACAUCAUACAACGACCUCCAAAUUAGGAAUGCAUGAGAGGAAGGAAAAUUCGGAACUUGUUGAUCUGAAACCCUUACAGGUUAAAAACGACUUCUUUCAAGGGGCAAACAAAACACCUCGUUCAAAACUAUCGGAACCCUAUCAACCAACCCCUCGUGAGCUUAAAUCUCUUGAGAAACUAUCAGUACUUCCUCAAUGGAGAGUUGAUUUACAAAAAAAGAAUCGGGAAGAGAUUGAAUUUAGAAAUAGCUUAAAAGAAAAGUACAAAACUGAGAUGUAUGGUUCAUGUGAUGGUUAUUUGAAGAAACUACAAGAAAUUAACGAAGCAAAGAAAAGCAUUUCAAAAUCUUACACUGCUUCAAAAAAGCCUGCCUAUGUGCCUGAGGGAAAAUAUGUUCCACCUUCAAAACCAAAAAAGACCAUUGAGGAAGACAAACUUGUAUUCAAGAAACGAUUUGAAUAUAGUGAAAAGGUUGCUAAGGCCAUUUUAGAAGAAAACUUGAAAAAAUCCGCACGUAUUAAAGAGGCAAAGCUAAAAGAAAUGGAACGAAUGAAGGAAGAAGAGAGAAAAAAGAAGGAAAUGGAAAUGGAAAGAAAGAAAAAGGAAACUGAGGAGAGAAGAAAACAAUUAGCUCAGUUGAAAGAAAAGAAACCUCCACUAUCAGGAGAGGAGCUGUAUAAAGCUCGUAUGGAGAAACUGCGACAAGAAAAUCUAAAGAUUCUGGCCAAGAAAAAGGGAAACAUUCAAUAUCCGGUCAUGAAAAAAUUAGCAAGCAAGAAAAAGCUCGACACAACUAACCCCAGCGAUCAAAAAGAGCGUGGUGAAGAAAAAAAGACUCCACGUGAACCCUCAGAAACAAACGAAAUAACUCCUGUAAAUGAUGAGAUGGUAACAAAGAAAACGUUGACAAAUAAUCCAAGUGUUUCUGAGGAUAAUGAACAAAGAUCCUUGUCUGAACAUGAGCAGAACGAUGACGAAGAAAAUGAGAUCGAGUAUGAAUCUCAAGAGGAGGAAGAAACAGAGGUGACUAAUGACAAAGAACAACAAGUUGAGAAUGAUGUUGAAAAGCCAACAAAUGUGUCACACUCCUCCAUUCCAUCACAAGAGAAUCAAUUUCAAAAUAUAGAUUCUGACGUUGUGAAGGAAAACAAAAUCCUGAAUGACGAUCAUAACAUGCCUUUCAAUUUAUCUGAUGAUGAAGAGAGUGAUAAAGAUCUGGAUAACCACUCUCAUCAUAGCGAGGAAGAAAAUGAGGGCCAUUCCCCAAAUUUACUCAAGGAACCUGAACAAAAAAAUAAUUCAUCCGAUCUUGAAUUGGAUGAAAAUGAAUUGAUAGCGAAAAAGAUUAUUUCAGAGAUCAUUAAUCGGUACGAAACAAUCCAAGGACACAUCCAGGAAUGUUUUGCAUCAUAUGCCAAUGAUAUAUUUGAUAAAGGCUUGCUGAGCAGUGAUGAGUUUAGCUCAGUGUUCUCCUGUUUGGGAUCAGUGAGAAGCUCAAAUGCCAACAUGCUUGCUGACUUGAAAGCAGCUAGUGACUCUUCUGACAGUCACAACGAAAUUUGGGAUGCGUCGAAUAUUGAGGCAAUGAAGGAUGUGUUUGUUAAAUAUGUUAGGUCUCUUCCUUUAGCUGUGGAAACAUGUUUAACAACUCUUCAACAAAAUCCAAAAUUCCAUGCGCUGGUAACAUCCAAAUCGAAUGAUUUAUUUUUCUAUUUGCUUCUACCAUUAGAAAUGUUAAGCCAAAUUACUGAACCUGUACAAGAUUUGGAGCACUAUGUUCCUCAUGAUCCUUCUGUUAAAUCCAUGUUGAAUUGUAUUGGUGAAUUACAAAGCAUUGGACACGAGGUUAUGGAUAGCAAUUAUUCCACUUUCAAAGUGCUGGAACUUUCCAGAAAACACAAAAUUUCAGAUUUGCUAACCAAAAAGAGAAGUCUACUCAAGGAGGGCAUUCUAUCAACGGGGACAGACAUGCACUCAGUUUAUCUUUUUUCUGAUUGCCUCUUGGUAAUUACUCCGUCCAAACAAUGGUUUAUUCCUUUCAAAGUUACAGAUGAUAUUACGGGAGAGUACAAUAUCGCAAUUACCAAAGACUCUGAUGCGAAUGCCCUCGAAAUUGAUGAGCAUGAGGUCGAAUUCCAUGUGAGUUACAAGUUUGACAAUUAUGAUUUGGUGAAAGAGUGGAGCAAGGCGUUCAAGGCUUGUCUUGAAUAA